UGUAUGCGGAAGUCGAAUUUGUGCUCGGUUAGCCAAACAUGCAAUUUAACGAACCCACGAUGAAACCGUUUGAGUGACAGCGUAUGAGUUGAAAAACUCGAGGUCCGAGCGGAAGGGGCGUUCAUCGUCGCGGACGAAUUGGACAGGCUCCAUGCUUACUUUAGGCGAGUCUGCGGCUGUGCAGAGUUUGAAUGGUGCUGCUCUCGGACUUGUCCUGUGCGUUGUCUCCGUUCCGUGGUUUUAAUUCCAGAUUGGCUCAUGGCAGCGAUGGAAUGUCGCGUUUUGUCCAUUCAGAGUCAUGUUGUCCGAGGAUAUGUUGGAAAUAAGUCGGCAACAUUCCCUCUGCAGGUUCUGGGCUUUGAAGUGGACUCCAUCAACUCUGUGCAGUUCUCCAAUCACACAGGCUAUGCCCACUGGAAGGGUCAUGUAUUGAAAGCUGAUGAGCUCAAUGUGCUAUAUGAGGGCAUCAAGCUCAAUAAGGUGAACCACUAUGACUAUAUCCUCACAGGGUACAGCAGGGACACGUCCUUCCUGAUGACCGUGGUAGACAUUAUUCAAGAGUUGAAGGUGGCCAAUCCCAGUUUGGUAUAUGUUUGUGACCCUGUAAUGGGAGACCAUGGUGCAAUGUAUGUCCCAGAGGAACUUCUGCCAGUCUACCGGGACAAAGUAGUGCCUUUGGCUGACAUCCUUACCCCCAACCAGUUUGAAGCAGAGCUAUUAACCGGGAGGAAAAUCCUCACAACAGAAGAUGCUCUUGAGGCGAUGAAGCAGCUUCACAAAAUGGGUCCAAAAACAGUGGUACUCACAAGUACUGACUUGCCUUCGACUCAAGGAGACCAGUACCUGGUGGCCCUCGGGAGCCAAAAAAUAGUAAAACCAGAUGGGACAAUUAGCAUUCAGAAGAUCUACAUGGACAUCCCCAAAGUUGAUGCUGUGUUCGUGGGGACGGGGGACCUGUUUGCUGCCUUGUUGCUUGCCUGGACUCACCAUCACCCCAAAGAUCUGAAGGCUGCCUGUGAAAAGACUGUUUCGGUCAUGCACCACGUAAUUAAGCGGACCAUUACUUAUGCUAACGAAAAAGCCGGCCCAGGGAAAAGACCCAGCCCCGCACAGCUGGAGCUGAGAAUGGUUCAGAGCAAAAGCGACAUAGAGAAUCCUGCCAUUGUUGUGGAAGCUAAAAUCUUACAAAAGUCCUAAUAUCGAGAAUGGUAACAUUAAGGAGCAAAUGUUGAAGAUCUGGAUGGGACAUGCAGGAUUUUUCAAUCCAUGUUGUGUGUUCUCUUCCUUCAAGAAUCCCUGAAGAUGUUCAACUUGGAAUAGUCAUUACUGACAAUCUGUGGGGACACUCCAGAAUCACUGCCAUCGAUUCUCUACUAUGGCUUUUGUAAAUACCAUCUUCCUUUGCAUAAUUUUAAAUAAGAUAUUAGAGCUUAUUUUUAGAGACAGUUUACUUGACUACUAAAUGUACUUUAAUAGUCCUUUUAGAAACAACACAGUGACUAAACACACUCAUAAACAGUUGCAUGCUUGUCCAUGCCUUUGCAGUUAAAACUAAACUCGUCACUAAAGGUGUGUUGUUCAGUCUGCAUUAAACCUUAAAAACUUGACAAAAUGGGUAUGAAGAAAUCCAGCGUUAUAACUAAAACGGUACCACUUGCUGCAGAGUCAUUUAGUAAUGAUGUCAUUUCUUUGGGAGACACUUGUGAUUAUAACAAUAUAUAAUGAAGGUGUAUAAUGUACUUUGAGUAAAUGUGAAUGAUGCCAGCUCACUCAUUGAGUUUUGAGGCAUUGAGGUACAUCGACUGCAACGCUGUACGAAAGUGUACAAACCUGGUGAAUUUUGUUCUUGCUCCAUAUACCUUUGUUACAAUUUAUUUCCCAGUGUUUUGUUUUAGGAUUGUAACCUUGCUGGUAAUAACGAUGAAGUUGUCAUAAACUCCUUCCCUCUUAUAA